GUUAAUUAUGAUCAUGAUGAUCAUAAUGUUGCGGAUGCUGUUGAUGAGUGUGUGGAACAGAGCUGCGCAUUUGCUGAUAUUUCCUCUUCUUGUUGUUCUUUUUGGGCUGCCUAAUGGAAAUGUCAGAGGCUCAGUGUCAGCUGCGCGCCCAGAGCUCAUCAGCAGGCGGACUUAUAUAUACACAUAGAUAUGUAUAUAUUUGGUGCUGGGACAUUUUUUUGGGGCUACUGUGCGCAUAUUAAACAGAGCAAAGAGAUCCAUACAAACUGCAGAGCUGGCAAGUGAUACGCGGCACGAAACAUGCGUGAAAUCUGCACAAGAUUAGGCUUUUGCUUUAAUAUAUGUAGGUCCAACUGGCAACGCAAAAAGUGUGAAAUUGUCGACUACUGCAUGUGGCAUGAAGAAGGAGCAACAGACAACAGGCAACAGACAACAGGCAGCAGGCUGCAGGCAGCUUGCCGCAGAGUGGACACAGUGAGCACACUGAGCAGCGGCUGCGGCUGCGACGGCGACGGCAACGGCAACCACAGUUGGGCCACAAUAUCGAAUUUGCCAUUUUUGGUCAAAAUUAUCUGUUUUGCGGUUGACGAUACUGUUUACCAAUAA